AUGUCGCCAAGAAGUGAGCCGCCAUCCAUCUCGAUGGAAGGUCUGGGUACUAGUAAUCGGAGGCGGACUGGGACUGGGCGUGCUGCUGGAGAUGAGAUCUACGACUUCCCUCCAUACAAAGGCUACUUCGAUGCUCAUUCAAUUUGGCAUGCCACAACCAUUCCUCUCACAUACGUGUGGUGGAGCUUCGUUAGAGAUGAUGUUGAGCUCACCACCUCAAACCUCUUUAAAAAGUCCAAGUAG